CUCUUACUCGACGCGUAAUUACUUGGUACUUGGUGGGUAAUGAAUACCUACCUAGGUGUACCGUACACCGUCCAGUACCUUUCAGUGACAACGACGAGCCAGCCCUUGCCUCCUUACCUUGCUUGUUCCCCCUCCAACUACCGUCAACAUCACAGGAUACGUCUUUCGCCCGCGCCGUUUCGAUAAUCAACAUCUCACCAGCUGACCUGUUAAAAUUGUUGACUACCGUUACUCUCUAUUUCGUGGGAUUGGAGUAGCCUCUUGAUCAAUUCUCAUACACGCGAUCUUCACCAUAACGCACCCACCUCCACCCCUCAUUGAGGACCAAAAUUUCAUCCAACAUGACGGAAAUUGAUGUCGCAACCAAGGCCCCCGAGAGCAAUGCGACGGAGCAGCCUGCCGAGCCGAUCGAGAGUUCUCCCGCCGCUGGCCCGGCCGUAGGCGAACACUGUGUCACAGACCGACCAACACCCGCUGGCCAGGUGUCUACGGGUGAAAUAAUCAAGAUUAAUGAUGUGGAGGUCUACGUCUCCAAGCCAGCUGACUAUCCCCACGCUCCCGCUCGGUUCCUGCUCCUCCUGACCGGAGGCACGGGUCUUAAGUCGAUUAAUAACCAGCUCCAAGCCGACAAUUUUGCCAGCGAAGGGUUCCUCGUCGCCAUGCCCGACCUCUUUAACGGCGACCCGGCCCCCAACACGACCACCUUCGCCAGCCAAGAAGAGAGCCAGUCCCUCAUCGACGCAUUCAAGCUCAGGAUUGUCGAGACGGCAAAGAGUUUCCAGAUCGACAUGUGGCUCGCCCGCCAGACCGAAGAGAAGGUGCUUCCCAUCCUCCACAAGGUUAUCGACGGCUGCCGCGACGAGUUUGCCGACGCCAUCAAACACGGCGACGGAAUCUAUGCCGUCGGGUAUUGCAUCGGUGGACGCUACGUGCUUCUCCUCGGAUCCGACGCCCAGCCCACCACGCCGGGGCCGGAGAGACCAGCCGACGAAGAGGCUGGUGAGACGAAGACGGGCCCUCUUAUCAAGGUCGGCGCAGUGGCCCACGCCGCCUCUGUAACACCCAAGGACUUUGCUUCCCUGCGGGUCCCCGUCUCACUAGCCUGUGUCGAGAACGACGCUCUGUUCCCCGAUGAUGUCCGCGUCGCCGGUGAAGAUGUCAUGUCCCAGGCCAACCUGGAACAUGAAGUGAGGGUGUACCCCGGUGUGCCGCACGGUUUCGCGGUCGUUGGUGUGUACGAGGAUGCCACCAUUCGGGGAGCGCAAGCAACGGCGUACGAGCAGAUGCUGAGUUGGAUCAAUGAACAUUAGGUUUCCAGGGCUGGCGUUUGCGGUUGUUCCCAAUCUACCCAUGGCUUGAUGCCAUUGGGCUUUACGAUGUAACGAGUUCGGGCUAGGCUUUGCGUUUCAUUCCAUUUCGCGUAACGGAUAAGUCGACUUGACUCCGACGCAAACAUGUUAAUGAUGGAUUGGCGACGAGAAGGACCACGUCUGGGUCCCAUGCUUGGCGCUGCCAGGCUUUUCACCCGCUUCUCUUCUCAGAGAGGCACCUUUUGCAAUCAGAUUCAUUCAAGACCCGACGC